AUGAAAUACCUACUUCCUCUCCUGUCGCUCAGCGCCGCUGCGAAUGCGCUGCACUUCUUCAUCGACGGCACGACACCUAAGUGUUUCUACGAGGAGCUUCCCAAGGACACGCUUGUUGUCGGACACUACAGUGCUGAGGAGUGGGACGACCGAGUAUCAGCCUGGGUGAAGCACGACGGAAUCAGCAUCUACAUCAAUGUCGACGAAAUCUUCGAUAACGACCACCGUGUCGUCUCUCAGCGCGGUGCUUCCUCUGGCCGCUUCACCUUCUCCGCUGCCGAUGCAGGUGACCACAAGCUCUGCUUCACACCGUCAUCCAGCUCAGGCCGCACCUCGUGGCUCUCAGCCAAGAACCCCAACGGCGGCAUCAAGCUGACCCUCGACCUCGUCAUCGGCGAGACCAACCAGAUCGAGAGCAGCGACAAGGGCAAGAUCCAGGACAUCACAUCACGUGUCAAGGACCUCAAUGCUCGUCUUUCUGAUAUCCGAAGAGAGCAGGUUUUCCAGCGUGAACGAGAGGCUGAGUUCCGAGAUCAGUCCGAGUCUACAAACGCCCGUGUUAUUCGAUGGAUCGUCAUUCAGCUCGUUGUUCUUGGCAUCACCUGCACCUGGCAGCUUUCGCAUCUCCGAUCCUUCUUCAUCAAGCAGAAGCUGACCUAA